AUGAAGAUCAACGCCGUCCUCGGAAGCCUCGUCGCCGCCGCCACGGCCUCAGCCGCCGCCGUCCAACGGUUCCAGACGAAACAGGCCAGCUACUUCAACGUGACCGACUUCUCGGCGUCCUGCAUACCACACAGCGUCGAGUGCAGCUACAAUUUCACCGUCGUCGCAGACUCGUCCAAGUCUCCCCCGACGCAGUGCGGGCAGCUGGUCCAGGGCCCGUACUUCCUCCCGGCCGUGCCGCUGUCGGGCUGCGAGAAUAAUGUUUAUGCGUGGGCCGUCGCCACGGCGGCGAAUGGAUCGCUCGGUGUCAGCGUCACUACGUCUUUCAACUCGAGGGUCAACCUCACGGGGACCCAUUACCUCAGCAAAGAGCAGCUCGUGAAGGAGCGGAACGGGGCUGUCGUUACGCAGAGGUAUAUUGGGCCUAAGGAGUUUGUUAUGCGCACGUAUGGGACGUCGAAUCGCCCGUAUAGAGCGCUUUAUUAG